AUGACCGUGGCCACUGUGGCCAUCACGAUGGUGCCCCUGGACAUGGCCCACAACUCCUUUGAUGACCAGUACCUGAACUGUAGGGAUGAAAUGACUGAGAAGUUGCCAGAACUCAAGCGCUCUGAUUUUCUCAAGAAUAACACAUUUGAAAAGGUCUGGAAAAAUGCCACAGCCAAGUGGCAGAAAGGAGGCUCCGAUUCAUCCACUCUGACCAAAGACCAGGCCAUUGCCCUCUUAGUCUACACGAUGAAGUCUGUGUAUAGUGACUUCAAUAAAGCCGUGCGCACAGCUGGAAACUCCAGCUGGGAAUACCAUGACAACUUCUACUUCAAAACGCUGCAUUUCCUGCUGACCGAUGUCCUCCAGAAGCUUAGAAACCCUAAGAAUUGUCUGGAUGUCUUCCAGUUAGUGAACAGUUACCAGUUUGAGGUGAAGACUGGCGCUAAAAUCUGCUUCGGCCAAUUCGCUUCAUCAUCGCUGGACAAAACGGUGGCCAAAUAUUAUGGGACAGACACAAUGUUUGAGGUGCACACGUGCCAUGGCAUGGACAUCCAGAAGUUCUCCUUCAGUCAAAGUGACAAGGAGGUGCUGAUCCCACCCUUCGAGACCUUUGAAGUCAGUGAUGUCAAGACAGAAGGAAGCAUGUUGAACAUUGUUCUUCACUCCACCGGGAAUUCCAGAAACUUCAACUGUGGGAGCCUCCUCAGGAAGUCCCCCAAUCUUGGGGGGCUUCUCCUGGCUACCAUGGCCAUGGCAGUGGCCAUUGGAACCCUCUAA